AUGGAUGAAGUCGACGUUGCUAUCUAUAUUGAACCGUUGGUCGACGCAGUCAAGGACGUCAAAGAUCUGCUCAACAUGUUCACCGUAUCGUUCAAUGCAAAAAUCGAUGCAAUAGUGGACCUUCUCAACCGUCAAUUCGAAAUGGUGAACAACAAACUUGACGCUUUGCUUGAGAGAACAAGACCAAGAUCCAGCUGCGUUUUCUGCACAUUCGAGGAAAACAAAGACAAUCACCCGACAGGACGGUGCCACCGAUUCGUAGAUCCUGUGUCACGCGCCGUUCAGGCGUCCAACCUUCGUCUCUGCAACAGGUGCCUCCGAGCCCUCCACCCUGAAGACUGCGGAAUUUCUUGCUCUUUCUGCAACGGAACUCACAAUGUUCUUCUCUGCCCAGCCAAGGCCUCCACAUCAUCAGCAUCCUAUAAGCGGCGUAAACUUUAA